ACGAGCUCCGCCUACCAAAUUAACAUUCCACCAAUCAGCGCAAAGAACGUCUGAGAGUCAAGCAGCAUCAAUUUGAUGCUAUAAUUCCCGGCAAAUUAUGCAUAAAAUCGGAAUUUGGAUGUACUAUUUAAUCAAACAUGAUCACAAGUUUAUGACGUUAUCACCGAUAGAGAAAGGAAAUCUACAAAUUCAAUACUUAUAUUUUUACUGUAAUAAUCUAUAAUGUGUCGGCUGGACUAAAAGGUACAAAAAGGAACUUUUGGCUUCUAUGCGUUGUGUGUAUAUUAGUAUAUUUAUUUGUGUGAACUCUCCAGAUAGUAGAAUAUCGGUCAGUUUACUAUAGGGAACGCGAAAUAAUAAACAACAUGGAAACUGCUACAAACCUUGUCGAUAGUAAGGACAUUUCUACAAAUCUCCAAGUGCUGCAAGACGUAGGAGGAAAAAUUAUUCCGAAAGCCGAACCCGAAGCUUGUGACAAUGAAGCAUCAUCCGAUGACGACGAAGAUGACUCUUCCGAGGAAACACCGACUACAACGACCACCGAAGAACCGAAUCAGAAGGACACCAAAAAGGCAGGAGUCGGUGUCAGACGACAGGAAAAACCUCCGUAUUCUUACAUCGCCUUAAUAGUAAUGGCGAUACAAGCGACACCAAACAAACGAUGCACCCUAAGUGAAAUAUAUAAUUUUCUACAACAAAGAUUUCCAUUUUUCAGAGGUGCAUACCAGGGAUGGAAAAACUCAGUUCGACAUAACCUUUCUUUGAAUGAGUGUUUCAUUAAAUUACCAAAGGGACUGGGCAGGCCCGGAAAAGGACAUUAUUGGACCAUUGAUCCUGCCGCAGAAUUUAUGUUUGAGGAGGGUUCUUUCCGGCGUCGCCCAAGAGGAUUCCGUAGAAAGUGUCAGGCCUUAAAACCCUUCGGAAUGAUUGGAAUGAAUGGGGUGACGCCAACUGGGACCCCAAUGUUAGGACCACAUUAUGACUUCUUUCAAAAUACUAACAUGAAUUCAAUGAACAUGCAAUGUGCUGUGAACUCUUCUCAACCGUAUGACACUUCGGGAAUGAUGACAUCACAACCAACAGGACUUCAUCCAUCUACUUAUUCCACUGUCCAGCAGUAUAACCAAAACUGUAGCUUUAAUCUACCUGCAAGUGGACGAUUUGGGUCCAGUUGUGCCAUGUCCGGACUUGAGGGGGAUUAUGUUCAGGGUGGUCCUGCUAGUAACCUCCCACUUUAUGACAGAGACCAUAACAUGCAGGGACUUUCCAUGGCGUGGACAACACAACGUUUUCCGAAGCAGCAGCCACUCAGUCCAGCAGGAAGCACGGGUUCUGUUCCCAGUAUAUCCCCAUCCGGUUCCGGGGAGCCUACGUCAUACGUCACAAACACAUUAACGACAUCAGAACCCAUGGAUUUAGCACUUGCAGGUAUGCGACUUCAAGCACCUUCCUAUAGUCAGAAUACGUCAUGUGACCGGAAGCCGUAUUUUGGACAUUAUGGAACCAAUCCCAUGAAUAACGCUUUACAUCAUGCAUCUUAUUAUACUGAAAAAUGUGUCAUGUGAUAUUUUCGCUUGGAUAACCAAAGACGGCAGGUUUUAUUUGCUCAGAAAACUAUUCGUUAUCUUAUUUUAAGACAUGGAAAGUAAAAGUUUCAAAAGUAUAUUUUAUAUUUUACGGCUUAAAUUGUAUU